AUGGCACCGCAAAAGACCUCAUCGGCACCUCUCCUCGGAACCACCCUCGUGGUGGGAGGCUGCGGCUUCUUGGGAUACCAUCUCGUCCGUCAUCUACUCACCGACAGCGAAAGCGGCGACGUCUAUGUCGUAGACCGCGAUAUCAGUAAAAAUCAGCACGAAAAGGUCACCUAUACCCGUGGCAGCAUCACAGACAGCGAGUUGUUUUGCUCGCUCAUCGCCAAGAUCAAACCCAGCGUCAUUUUCCACAUCGCCUCGCCUAUUGCCUCGCUGCCCGCCUCGAGGGAGGGCGAAUUCCUCGAGACAAACGUUAAAGGUACAGAGGUUCUCCUUGCCAUUGCUACGGAGAGUGAAUCGGUUCGGUCGUUUGUCUACACCUCCAGUGUCGAUAUCUACACCAAUCCUCCGUACUUGAAUGUUGUCGAGUCUCACGAGCUGUGGCCGGCUUCUGACAAGUCCAACGAGUACAACCGCACCAAAGCGAUCGCGGAUCGUUUGGUUCGUGAAGCAAAUGGUCCUCAGUUGCGCACUGCCACACUCCGCCUUGGCCAUGCAUACGGCGAGAGACACAUUCAGGGCAUGGUCGAGGUUCUUGACAUGUGCGAGAGCAGCAAGAAGCUUGUCCAAGUUGGCUCAGGCGAGAAUGUUAUGGAAGUUGUGUCGGCCGAUAACUCAAGUAUAGCCCACGUCCUUGCAGCAAAGGCCUUGCUCGACCCGAGCCGUGCAGCAGGCAGGGUGGAUGGAGAGGGCUUCAACAUAUCCGACGGAGUCCCGAUGCCAUUUUGGCAUCAUAUCAAGUUGAUCUGGAAGACUGCACUGGGUCAAGAUGAGCUGAAGAAUCUCACGAUUCUACCUGCCUGGGUCAUGAUCAUGGCAGUGAAUGUGGUCGAGUGGGUUCUCUGGAUCUUGACCCUCAAUAUGGUCAAACCUCCUGUCGAACUGCGAAGGGUUUCUCUCGACUAUUGCCUCAAUACGCAUACGUAUAGUAUUGAAAAGGCGAGGGAGCGGCUUGGCUUUGAACCGGUCUCUAAUCACGAUGCUGUGCUGGUGGAGUCUGUUAAGUGGAUGCUGCGACACCGAGAGACUUUGAAGAAGACAGAAUGA